CCAAGGGCUCGGGUGUUCUUUCUCACGCACAACAUUCACAUUAUUUUAUAUAAAUUUCAUUAGUGUCUCAACUACGGGCUCGUUUGCACCCUACGACAAGCAAUCCAGCAUAUUUAAAUACUCCAGUCACAUGGUUAAUCUGUUGACGAGGUCGAUGAGCCAUCUGGGGCAGACGGCGUCGUGGGUGGUGCGCAAGUACGUGAGGUUCUUGGUGAUCGGGGCGUUCUCCACCUGCGCCUUCCUUAACCUCGCCCUCCACGCUGGCGCCGGACUACAGUACUACUGCCGCGAAGAGUGCGUGGAGGGGAUAAUGCGUAGGCCAGUGCCAUCACUGGACUCUGCCGCCGUGGCGCACAUCAGGAAGGUGUGGGUGGACGAGCCAGCACCGCCGGGGCUCUACAAGCCAGACUUCUCCCUCGACAACCCGCCGUGGUCUGCCUUGAGCAACUGGGGAGAAGCCUACAAGUUUGUCAAUAACUAUUUCAAAAACUAUGAGAAACCUGGAACCUUCAUGGAGAUCGGGGCCCAGGACGGAGAGUUCAUGUCCCUCACGUUGUUUGUGGAGCAGCAGCUGGGGUUCCGCGGGGUGCUGGUCGAACCCAACCCCUUCGACUACCAGAAGCUGCGGGCCAUGCGACGGCCUGCCCUCUCCAUCAACGCCUGUGCUACUCCCGCAGGCGGCCACAGAAAGGACAAGCUGUGGCUGCGGUACACUCCAGAGAACCUACCUUCACUACUGCGUCGGGUCCAGGAGGGAAGCAACAGACUUGUCCAGUAUGUUUCUCCUGAGGACCAGGACCUGGGGAAGACCGUAGACGUGCAGUGUUUCAAUGCCGGGGCAAUGGCCCUGGCCGCCCUCCGCACGGCAGUCGUCGACCUGCUCGUCAUCUCCACCCACGGCGGCGAACUCGACAUUCUUUACAGCAUUUCUCUCCGUGUCCACUUCAGGAUGGUGGUCCUGAUGGUUCCUCUGGCCACGCAGGAAGAGAUUGAGGAGCUGAAAAAAGUAGCAAAAUCUCGAGGCCUGACGCCCGCCUUCGACAAGCACAGCAUCCACAUCCUUAUUCCCGAACAUGAAGUCAAAUAUGUCUAGGAGUUUUGACUUCUUAUAGCUCUACCCCCAUCCCCCAAUUUUCCUUACCUAGUCCUCCCACUUUAUCCCCCCCUCCCCCGAUUUACCACCUUUC